AUUAUUGGCUCCACCCACAAUGCAACGCAGACAAGGGAACCUCCAAGACAAGAGGACCAAAGGCUCUUCUAAACAAAACUGACAUUACACCGAUGAUUAUUUCAUUCUGAGGACACCGAUUCAGCGUUAUUUUCUUACUCGACAUAUUUCCAAGUAGACGGAAUCCGAUACUGAGAGUCAGCUAUUCUAUCUAUCCAGCCAUUCUCCUCCUCGGGGAAAAAGCGACGCCCUCAGGCCGCCGGUGGUAUUGCAGGUGCCGGUGAGUUGUAAGUGAGACACUGGGAGUCUGAAUAAUUUAACUGUGGAAAAUGAGCUCAGAGGAGGCGGCAGCUCCAACUAAAGCUGGCACAGAGGACGAUGGCAUGUCCUGGUGGUACCGCUGGAUCUGUAAAAUGGCUGGGGUUUUAGGUGGCAUAUCGUGCGCAACAAUGGGCGUUUGGAACUGCGUGACUGUGAAUCCCUUAAACAUCGUGGCUGGAGUUUGGAUGGUGAUGACGGCGUGUGUGUUGUUCCUGUGUGAGGUGCCGUUCUGCUGUCAGUUCGUUGAGUUUGCGAACGUGAUUGCGGCGCGUGCCGACCGCCUGAAGCCCUGGCAGAAAGCCCUGUUUUACUGCGGGAUGGCACUGUUUCCCAUCUUUCUAAGAUUUUCCCUGACAACUCUGUUCGGUAAUGCCAUCGCAUUUGCUACCGGGGUGCUGUACGGACUCGCAUCCCUCGGAAAGAAAGGCGACGCUGUGAGCUACGCUCGAUUGCAGCACCAAAAACAAGCAGAGGAAGAGAAGGUUGCAGAAACGACAGACGGUUCUGUGCCGUGAACCUCUCCUAUUCUCCUCCUUCACCACCUCACUGCAUCCUUUCCCUCUCGUUUCCCCUUAACAUGACAAAACGCAUCACCUGCUGUGCUUCACGGUUUGUUGGGACGUAUUUAAGCUAACCUUUGACGACUGACGGCGUGAGUCAGUCAGUGGAAAUCAGUUCUCUGGUUUGUUUGUGUAGGAUUUAAUUAAUAAAAUGAGUUUUAAGUGAAUGUUUUCAUUUGCGCUCUCGUGCACAGUUUCUAUUUUUAUCAGACUUUCUAAAAACCAACAUGUUUUCAUUUACAUUUCACUUUACCAAACUCAGUGCUGGAGUGUAAAUGAAUGCAUUAACUUCAGCUCUCAUAUCAGACCACCUCAACUCAAGCGCAGGGAAUUGGAACUUUGGCCAUUGGGAUUUUUUUCCACCCCAGAAUUCUUUGCUCUGUAGCUGAGAAAAAAGGAGAGAUAAGGGAUUUUCACUGAACGCGUUUUUACAUUCCACUGCGGCACUUUUCCAUUGUCUUUCUACACAAACGCAUACUAAACGGACGUGCUUGACCAUUGCACUCCCGUCUUUUGCAGUCUCACUUCACAUUCUAUCGGAAAUUUCCUACUUCCCACUUCUGAAGUCGUGAUUACGAGAUCAUCGCAUUCAAGUGCUUUGAUGUCGGAAAGACAAAAUGAUAAUUAGCGUCCUUGGCAAACACAAACAUUCACCACACUGUCAAAUACAGGCUUUUUUUUUGCUGUGUAUUAUACACUUCAAAUGAUUAUUCAUAUAUGUAAAUAUGCACUACUUUAACGACAAGGCAGUCUCGGCAGCAGUCGUUCUUUCCUCUGGCAUUUUUAAAGUUCGUGACACACCUAACUCGGAAACUCUAAAUGAUCCCAGAACUCCAGUGGUAAAUACGACUUGUCCAAUUAACUAGGAAACUCAUAUUUAUGAUAAUUCCGAUAGGACGUGAAUGCAGCAUUAGUUCAACUUAUUAAAAAUCGCAUUUCUAGACCUUGGCUGCGUCUGAAAACUUAAAAAUGCUGCCUUCGGAGGGCGAAUUCUAAGGUAGUGAAGCAAGGAGCGUCUGAAUGCAGUGCUAGCUGCACUUCCUGUCUCCUGAGAUACCUUAAUCUGAUUGCUUCUUUAAGGCAGCAUACAGUAGGUGUACCCUUAGCUGCCUUUGAUCUCCCACCAUCCAUUCUGUGACAGUUGAGCUAAAAAAUAAAGAUG